UCGAUCGUCCACGACCAGAGUUUGCGCCCCCUACCCUUUCCCUUCCCUCCCUCCCCACACACUUUUUCCCCCCUUUUCUUUUAAAGAAGAAGAUCGGGAGCCGUUUCUCAGAGACAGGUAUUUCUGCUGCUCUUCCGCACCCUCUUUCCCCCUCCCCACGUCUCCUCCUCCUCCUCCUCCUCCCCGAAGGACACUAGACGAGAACUUUUACAGGGUUACUAUGCAAUUGCGACUGGUUUCUUGGUUCUUUAUCACUUGGAACUUAAUGGAAUACGUUGGCGGCCAGGAGCACCCUUCCAGAGUACGACGACAGGGAAGAAUGCAUCGCAAUAUGAGCCAAGCUUGUCAAGGAGGAUGUGCAACAUGUUCUGAAUACAAUGGAUGCAUGUCAUGUAAACCUAGACUCUUCUUUUUCCUGAAGAGGAUUCGCAUGAAACAGAUUGGGGUGUGUCUUCCAUCCUGUCCUCCUGGGUAUUUUGGACAACGAUCCCCAGAACGAAAUGAGUGUAUGAAAUGUAAAGCUGAUUGUGAAGCCUGCUUUAAUCAAAAUUUCUGUACGAAAUGUAAAAAUGGAUUUUACUUACACCUUGGAAAGUGCCUUGAAAACUGCCCUGACUGGCUGGAACCGAACAAUCACACUAUGGAAUGCAAUGAUAUUGUGCAUUGUAAAAUUAAUGAAUGGAGCCAGUGGAGUCCUUGCACAAAGAAUGGAAAAGCAUGUGGUUUCAAAAGGGGAAAUGAAACAAGGGUCAGAGAAAUCCUACAACUUCCUUCAACAAAGGGCAAAUUAUGCCCACAUACAAGCGAAACAAGAACAUGUGUUGUACAAAAAAAGAAUUGCCAGAAAGGAGAAAAAGUUUUUUAUUGCAGAGAGAAAAAGGGACAGACGAAAAAAACCAAAGAGAGAAGAAAGCAAAGAAACCAGUCAGGAAAACAGAGGCCAAGAAUCCAGAAGGCAGGGCAGAGAUCCAGAGAAAAAAAACAAAACGCAACCGAAGAAGAGAAGAAACCAGAAUAAACAGCAGAAACUAGUUGCCAUCAGCACUGCACACUAACCGCCUUACACCACUGUUUAAGACUAUUGCUGCUGCUAUCACCACCAGACCCCCAGGGUCCGUGUUUCCCAAUUAUCACCAAUAGACAAUAUUACAAGUUAUACUUAAACAACAUUCCAAUUCUUACUAUAUUCUUCAUGCAGUCACAGUUUAAUCGGAAGACUGACAUGAAGCAAGAUUUUGUUUAGUUUUUUUUUUUUCUUUAAAUGGGAUACGUUCAGUCUUAUAUUACAUUCUUCCAUGCAUCUCUUAAAGAGUGUCUCAGCAGGUGGCACUGCCUGGUUGAUCUUGUCAGGCUUGGAAACUCGGCAGGGUGUGGCCUGGCUAAGUUCUACAAGAUUGGCAAAGUGGUAAGCAAAACUGGGAAGUCAUAAAAAAAAAAUCCCAGGAGAAAGGAAUGGUAAACCAAUUCUGUACUCUCGCUGAGGAAUCUACGUGGAUGGGUCCCUGAAGUCACCAGGAAUCAAGUGGAUUCAAAGAGACUUUAGCUUUUAUCUCUAAGGGUCAAUUUAGAAGCUUGUAUAUAAUUAUCAAUAUGGUAUAAGGUAUAACAAUAUAUUGGAUGACUACUUUUUCUUCUGUAAAAUAUUUUUUCAACCCAUUCUCUAUGAAGCAAAAAAUGCCUAAGGUAAAAGAUACAGUAUCCCUAGAUGCAUCAUUACAGUAUAUAUGUUGCAUAAGGAGAAGGAAGAAGAAAAUGUUUUAAGAACUGAACAUUCAAUACUGCAGUCUUAUCAGAAUUAUGUUCACUGGAUUUUGCCACAGAUUCAUAUUUGAAAUUCCAGACUGAAGAACUCCAAGGCUCUGAAGCAAAGGCACAAAAGAAAUGGAAGCCCCAGUAAACAUAUUGCAAAGACAAGCAUUAGAUAGUACUAUUAUUUGCAAGAUAGCAGAAUAUUUUCUGUCAAAACCUUGGUAAUACAGCUGUUCUAUGCUUUAUAACAUUCUUGUAACUGAAAUCUUCCAGUGACUGACAAAUCAUAUGGGGGGAAAAAAGCAAAACACUGAGAUAAUAAAGAAUGAAGAUGGGAGAUCACACAAAUCGGACAUUUGCACUGAUGACUUUUUCAUCCCUCUUGUAAUUGAACAUUGUCACACAGUCUGCUUUGUAAAUGGAGAAAAGUAUGCUGUUCUUUAGAAAUGUUUUAUCUAAUAAACUAAGGCCACUUUACCAAAUAUAAAAGGGGAAUAUCCAAUUAACUCCUCUAGCUGAUGGAGUGAUGGAAUGGCAGAACAGGCACAAUGGUGGUUAUCAUGCUAUCAGCAGAGUGGGAAAGAAUUCUUUAGGGUUGGACAAGAAGAAUAAAUAUUUGUACACUAUAUCUGAAUUUACAGAGUUUCCACAAGCAGAAGAAUAAUAUCACUCAUUUUUUUUCUUCUCUCACAUUCAAUGAGUGUCAAGGUUGAGUUUAUUCACUAUGAACACAAACAUGCUCUAACAUUUUUCUGGUCUGUUUUCAUAACGUGGCCUUUCUCGGUUCCCCAACCCAUUCCCAAGGCAGCCUUGAAUCAUUGUUAAUGGUACUCACUAGAGUGUGGUUAUCAUAUCUCUCUUAUCUUGACAGAGCUUUGCAGGGGACACAACUUGGCUGACUAUUUUGUCAGCAAGGUGACCCAUGUCUAUUAGUUGAUUUUAGGCUAAUAUUAGCAUGCGUUCUUCCCCCUGAUUCCCAGGAACUGUCUUCAAGGGCUGUUGUGCUUUCGGCAGCAGAACAGUCUGGUUCUUUAAAAUUGAGUUCCCCGCAUCCCCAUUUCUGCCAGAUCUCUGAGUCAAUCCGUCAUUCUGCUUCUUGGAGCACCCUUAAACAGCAGCUAGCCUACCGUAGUGGCAGGAGGGGAGCCACUGCAGGAUAGCUAUCUGUGCUGCUUCAUGGUCUUCACAGCUUCACAGUCCCCCUCAUAUCUGUGAAUUGCCAUUCAGGCAGGCUGCUUUAGAACACUUUUUUUCUGAAAUAACUCAAUCUGCCAAUGAUCGCUGACCUACUGAACAUGACUUUAGCACUCUUCUAGAAUAGCACUAAAUCUGUCUCCAGUUUCAUUCAGAUACGGGGUUAGCAGACAACAGCACUAAACUCAUCUCUAAAAAGGAGCAAUUUGUCACUUCCUUUUCAAAACCACAGAGACAAAACAUUUACUAGUCUGACCACUAUCGAAUUUGCCUCCUUCCCAGUCUUAGCCCACACUGACUUUCACAGGGGACUCGAACAAUGUGCCUUGUACAUUGUGAAUAAGUGUCAGCCAUCUGAGGUAGAUCAAGUCAGGAAACAAACCCCCACAAGAACACUAGAACUCUAUUUUAUUUAGACCAUAAUAAUAGAAUCUUGAAAGCCUGAUAUAAUUUAUCUUUCCUUCCCUCUUUUACCCAAGAGUGUCCAGGUAGGCCAGUCCCAAGUUUCUCCCUCAGACGCUACUGUCUAUCUGGGCUUUGUUCCUGUACAAUAAGGAUAGUUUCAUUUGUUGGCAUCAUGCCUGCUUCAAAAUAGAAAUUGCUACCAAGGAUGGCAGAUUGUAUGCCAGUACAAAGACAGAUGGAUUACACUUCAACCAUGAGAAAGAACCCUAAACAAGCUAUGAACAGAACAAUUCUCAGAAUGGAGUUAUCACAGAUUAGGAAAAUUAAUUUUGAUUAAUUAGUGUUAAUACUAUUUUAUUUUGUGAAAGGCCAUUUAUUUAUUUUUCCUCACAAGCUACAGGGCAGCAGAUAGGAAAUUAUUUUUGAAUACAGCAAAUCAAUUGUGUUCUGACAACUAAAAACUGACCAGGAUUUCUCUUGAGCUGGUCAGAUUUUGCAGUGUUGUUUAACGAAAUAUCAACAGUUCCUUAAAAAGGAACCAUAUUUUCAACUGUAUAACAAAACUAGCACCUACUCAUGCUCUAGCCUAGAGCAUUCACUUUAAGUUGAAAUAUCUUGUUUCAAAAACGAUAUUACUAACUAUAAUAAUGAUACAGUUGAUUUGGAUACUCGCAUUCCUUUUACUUCCUAGUUCAGUUUAAGUACGAAAGUCAAGUGGAUUUGGGAAUUACCUGAUUUUUGGCUUCCAUACUAUUACACAGAAGUAAUUUCCUAGUUAAAUUAACUUAGUCUUGAAAUUGAAUGAGUUCACUAUGAUGAUUAGGACUUAGCUUUUUCUUAUCCUUGCCCUAAAAUGGUAAGCACGAAUGAGAUUUUAUAGCCUGGCUGGAUCCCAACAUUUAUCCACCUGACUCAGAAAAUCCUCCCCACCCUUCAUUUUCAGUAUGUGAUUUAUGCUUCUCAUAUAGGAGAAGAGAUAGUUGCCUUGGCGUGAAACUAAUGAUGAUUAUGAUUAACAAUUUCUAAAAAGAAGUGCAAAGAGAUUUCUUACAAGUGAUGUCAACUAUCACGCUGCCAUUGCCCAUGGCUGCAUUUGUUAAUUAAUAGCAAGGUAUCACAGGAGACAGAACAUUGCUGAUUAAUGCAUGACUUGGGUGCAAAAAAAAUAAUAAUAAUAAUCAUGGCAUCUUAAAUGUCUCAAAGGUGCUGUUUCAAAAGGCAACUGGACUGUGUUCCUUUGUUGAGGAAGACAUUUUGCCUCUCAUCUAAGAAGCUCCUUCAAUUCUGAUUGUCAGAAUUGAAGAAGCUCUUAGAUGAGAGAUGAAACAUCCUCCUCAAAAAAAAAAAAAAAAAAAACCCUAGUCCAGUUGCCUUUUGAAAAAAACACCUUUUGAGAUAACCAUGACCUGGAUGACUGAGAAUCUCCAUAGAAAUGUUAUCAUAUAGCACUACCAAAGAGUCUGCAUCUUGAGAGAAAUCCCAGCUGCAAUAUCUGUAAUUGGAAAAUGGGCAUAAAAGUAAUAUUAUUAACAUUAAUAUUAAAAACAUGUAUUAAAAACUUAAUUUUAAUAA